AUGGACACGGAGCUUGGAACUUGUUACGCUAUCAACACUCUACAGGGAAGAGAGAAGAAUGCUCCUAAACUGGACAUGACGAGUAAUCGCACCACGGGUCCAGGAGCUAUCAGAUUCGACGUGAUGGUGACAGCAAACAUUUACAUUCUGAAUGAGGAAGAGGUGCCCACACUUACUACUAUAGGCUCAGAUGUUCUCACAGUUGGACAAGAAAUAUUUCAUAAGCGUUAUAUCACAAUACGUAACAUAGAAAAUGACGCUGGGGCUAGAUUGAUAUCGCCGGAGAAGAGGAAAUGUCGCUAUAUAGAUGAGAACUUCUUACAAGUGUACCAUCACUAUUCGUACACUGCUUGUACUGUGCAGUGUAGGAAAGACGCUCAGCUAAAGCUUUGUAACUGUACGAAUUACUUCAUGCCGAAUGUUCCAGAACAUCUGCGUUGUAACGUGAGCGGUAUCAUCUGUUUGAACAGUCAUGUCCAUGAGCUGUCGGUUCUAAAAGCCAGCUGGUCGUCCCGUCCUGGUUUAUCCUGUAAUUGUCUCCCGUCCUGCACGGAGGCGGAGAUUUCAAUCACAAAAGAUUUCAAGUUCGUCACGACGGAUAGUUACGCGAGCGUUCAGAUUGAACUGGCGGUUCUACCCAGCGAACGGUACAGGAGGAACGUGGUUCGAGGGGUCUUGGAUUUAGUAGUAUCAACAGGCGGAACUGGAGGUUUAUUCCUUGGAGCCAGUAUCCUUAGCUUCGUGGAACUCUUCUACAUAUUACUUAUCCGACCAUUCUGUGACAUUUACACGCAACGAGAUGACGACCCUUGGCAUCGAAGGUUUGGACUUCGACGCCUUCAAGAUAAUAACUUUGUUCCGAAUUGGGGCUGGACUUAUAAUGGGAAGGCUGGAGACAAAGAUACAUCUAAGGUAGAGGAACGAACUCGGUAAUGUGACGUAAAGUAUUUUAAAUAUUAAGUACUAAAAUAAAUAU